AACUAUCGCCUUUCUUCUGCUGAUUCACACAGUUCACAGGUGACAAUUUAAUUAAACAGUUUUUGCAAAUUUAAUUUUUUCAGCAUUUUAUCGUAUUAAUCAAACCGGGGUACGGAUAAGUGUAAUUUAAGUAGUGCAUCCUAGUACUCGUCUUCUUCGUUAACUUGUAUUAAUUAUUUCAUCAUCAUCAUCGGGAGAAUAUUUCCGGGUUCCUGGCUGAACUGAAGGAUUUUGUGAUUUGAUCUGAUUGAGUGAAAGUGAAGGUUAUCAUAAUCAGUUAUCAAUUAUCCGUUCGUGUGAACGACGCUGACGUUGUGAUAUUAAGACAUACAAUUUUUGUCAGUGGACUAUAGUUCCAUUAAAUUGAAGACUACAACGAUAAAAUGGAAGGCGGAGCAGAAAUAGGUGGUGGAGGUGGAAGCGUUGUUGCACCGGAUGAUGCAGUGAUGACGGUUACGGUCAAAACGCUAGAUUCACAAAAUCACCACUUUACUGUGGCUGUAAACAUGCUUGUGAAAGACUUCAAGAUUGAAAUUACUGGCAAAAUCGGUAUUCCAGCGGACAUGCAAAGAUUAAUAUUUCGAGGAAGGGUGCUCCAAGAUGAUAAGAAAAUGGGAGAGUGUAACGUGGCAGACAGCACGAUUCAUGUCGUUCAAAGAUCUGCGACUUCAACGCGAAGUAAUGAUGAGCCCCCUCCUGUCUCUGCUGCCUCCAGAAUGCCUGAUGGAAUUCAAGGUGGCUUAAUUAUUGCAGCACAAACUGGACCUCUCACUAACUUUGGUCCCAGAUGUAGUGCUGCAGCUCGACUUCAAGCAAGUAACCACAUGUUGGCACAAGCAUCGACAUUUCUCCGACGCAUGGAAGAAGAAGAAAGUAUUAAUUUGGGUGCCGCUGGAGCUGAUAAUGAAAAUCAGGUUGGCGGAUUACCACAUGAUAUGGAAGUAGAAGCCGACGAUGAAUUUGAAGAGGAUGUGAGUGGAGACUCUGGACAUUUUAAUAGUAUGAUGUCACAAGUGGCAAAUGCAACCGCAGCGUCAUUCGCAGCUGGAAUUCGUCCGCCAAUAUUAAACGUUGGAGGAGGAGCAGGAGGUCCACCUGCAUUUUUGAGGAAUGGUCAAUUUGGUAACGUGAUGGGUCCAAUUGGUCAAGGUCAACCUACCCCUGCUGGUAGUGGUACACCUAAUUCUGGGGGUAGUCGUACCCCCACUCCACAGAGAAGACCCGAAUCACCACGACUUCAAGAAAUGGCUAACGUUAUCGAAGGGAUUGUGAAUUUCAAUGAAAGGUUGACCCCAUAUUUACGAUAUCUCGAGACUACCUUAAGAUCAAAUUCACAAUAUGACAACGUGGAGGAGCAGAGAAGUGUUCAGUACUUGUUCGACACAGUUUCUACCAUAAUGCAUUUUAUGAGUCAUUCCUACCAUGCACUGAGUGACAUGAUUUGUGACUUUUCCACACCCGCAACAACUCGACGACUUCGUGCUGCGACCUCUGUUCUUUUAGAAACGUCCACUGUUUUACGAGCUUCUAUUCCUAUUGGUGUUGCGAAUGCUGCUGUGAAUAUGACUCCCAAUGUUACUGUUGCUGGAACAAAUCCAGAUGGAACAACUCAACAGCCUCAAAAUGUAACUCAACAACUGCCAUCUCAACCUCCAACAACGACAGGAAGUAGUACUGCACAAGCACCAAAUCCACAAAUAGGAACUCAAAAUCUUGCACAUGCAGUUACUCAACAAAUUUCACAAAUGCUGGGAGGAGCACGAGGUCCAAAUGGUCAAUUCAAUUUUGGAAACUUGGGUCAUGGAAAUUUUGGAGCCCAAAUACAUGUGGAUAUCGAACCAGGAGAUGAUGGCGGACAUGGAGCAAUUAAUAUUCAAGACUUUGCUCAUAUGUUGGGACCUAUGGCCGGUGGGAUGAUGAUGCAACAACAACAACCUAAUCAAAAUCAACCACAACCUACAGUGACAACUUCUACUACACCGGGAACAACAAGCAUCUCUUCAUCAAGUCGUAAUAAUAACAAUAGUAGCAACAAUGGAAAUCGCCCAGGAGGAGGAGGAGGAGGAGCUAGUAAUAACAAUGGACCGAAUAAUUUUCGAUUGCAACAAGGAGGAGGACCAUUUGAUGUUUUAGUCCCAUGUAAUUCUCACCAUGGAUGGAGAAUGCAUCCCUCUCCACGUCCAUCUGGAUUUAAGCAAUAUGUCGGAGAUAACUGCUCCCGUGAUGUGACUCCUCCAAGAUCGUCCUCAUCGUCGUCACAAGAAUUUUUAGCCACGACAUUAAAUGUUCUUCUCCAAUCUAAUUUGGUGUCAUUUUUGAGACCAGCAUUUCAAGACGUGAUAGUUAGUUAUCUGAUGAGAGGACGAGACGCCAAGAACAAGGAACAUUUAAAGUCUUGUGCAAAAAGAUUAGGCAGAAAAAUUACUCCAUUUUUGGAUAAUUUCACUAACAACGUGUCCAAUCGUGAUAUGACCGUUGACUAUGGCGAGACGUAUACUUCAAUAUUGACUAAUUUUCUGGCUGAAGUCUUCCAUUUAACUGUUACGCUUCCUUCAAGUGAACCAUAUCAAUACCAAUCUGCACUUGUGACUGCAUCUGAUAACUUGAUUCGUCAAAUAAUUUCAAUAUUUAAAUAUUGUUUCAAAGAAACUCCUCGUCAUGUUGAUGGAUUUGCAGAAUACAUUGUGGAAAUAGCGUUUUCAGGAUGUUCUCUCUUGUUACAAGAUGAAAUAAGGACAACACUGAUUCAAUAUUUUGGCUUACAUCAUUCUGCAUCCCCCGAUUCUUCCACACGUCCCAAUUGCAUAACGGAUAAAAAACCAAUUCCCACCCCAGCAGUGGUAGCAAGCAGUAGCGAUGCUACAAAUGCUGAACCACUAGCUUCAACAUCUACAAAUCGACCAAGUGGAUCCAUACCUAAAAUGUCUCCAGAAGUUGUGCCUCCAAAACAAGCAAAGCCAAGUUCUCCUGUUCCAAAAUCUACAGAUCAUGUCAUGGAAGACGAUUUAGAUGACUUUUUGGAUCUUAAUUCCAUCCCUAGAAACCCUGUCCUCCCAAAUACACCGCGUGGACAACAAGCCGGAAAUCUUAGUCCUUUUGAUAAUGCCUUACGAAAUAUUCCAACGGAAUGGGUGGACACUGUUCGUCACGACUUGACGCGACAACUCGGGAUGCCAGACCAGCCUCCAUUCAGUCCUGCUUAUUCUGGAAUAUUUUCAAGAAAAUCAUAAUUUUGCUAAUUCAAUUUUUAAAAAUUAGAAUCCAUUUCUGGAUUGAAAACGUCAUUUGAUUCAUUAAACUGAUUAAAAUUAUCCAAUUCCCUCAAGAAAAACAAA